AUGCCCAGUGAAAGCGAAACAAAUUUAAUUAGUUGCAGCAGCAAAAAGCUUUGUGAUCUAGACGAAUACUCCCUGGAGCACGUGUUUCUGUUUCUGAACGUAGCGGACCUUGAUCGAUGCGUGCUGGUAUGCAAAAAAUUCCAACACAUUAUCCAACGGUUCGUUUAUCCGCACAAAUGUAUGCAUGCGCUAGUGACUGGUUCGGGGCAAGCGGUCGCCCUAAGCCAGUACGCUUUUACGCGCCGGAAACGUAUGAAGUUGGACGAAAAUUGGCGUUAUGGACGGUAUGAGGAAAAGGCUUACUUUUACCACAACGUGAUGUACAUUUCGCAGCUGGCCAUCGAUAGGGAAUGGGUGUACAUGACACAUCGUGGCCGGUUGCAGGCACACCGAAGGACCAAAAAUCGACAGAUGGUUGAUACGAAGUGCUCUUGGGCGAUCGGUACUGCACGGGACUCCGAUGUUACGGGUUUAGUCAAACGGAAGGAUGUUUUUUUCAUGGGCCGUAUGGAUGGAAAAAUCAUGAUCAUCGAUCAUCCCGAAGGCAACCCGUAUUUGCAAACAAUUACCAACGAUAUCAUCAAAGCGGUCGAUUUUAAUUCGGAUGUAUAUGCGGUUACGACGAAAAAUGAGUCAACUUACAUACUAAAUCGUUCGCCAUUAGAGCCAAACCACCUGUCUGCAGAUGAUGAUCACGCAUUAUUACAACAUACCUUUGUUUUUCCGAUUGCAUAUGAGACAAUAAAGCUAAAUAACACGCGGCUGGCGGCAGGGAAGUUUCAUUGCAGCAGAAAACAAGCGCUACAGUUAAUAGAUUUGCCCAGCUGUACAAUGAUACAAAUGAAUUCACCUUCGAUGGCGGUUUACGAUCUGCUAUGGAUAGACGAACACUGUAUACUAUCGGGUAAUUUCGAUACCACCAUGCGCCUGGUCGAUACGCGUACCGGAAACGACGAAGGCUGCUGGACAGAUCCGUACAACGCAUCGGUGUACUGCCUCAGCUACAAUGGUACAUACGCCGUGCACUGUGGCAUGAAGUAUCAUCACCGCGUAAAUCUGUACGAUAUACGAGUGCCAAAGCGCUGUGUUCAGAUGUAUUUUCCCUCGAAAAAGCAGCAAUACUCACCGGUCUACAGGAUAGCGACCGACUGUAGUCAAAUGUUCCUUGUUACUGAUCAUAAUUUACGAAUACUUAACUUCGAUGCAGAUUGGGCCGCCAUCAAAGAUUAUGCAUCGAUUUAA